AGGAGACAGCCCCGGACUUUGGACUAUAGUUGAGUGGUGAAGUAAACAACAGGACUAUAAAUAUCAGCGUUUCUCCUUGGGCCUUUGUGGAGCUGCCCCUGCAAAGCAAAGCGAGAGGAAUCAAGCCGGUCUGAGGGAGUCGUGACAAUCCCAGGAAUGUGGCGGAGUCUGGGGCUUGCCCUGGCUCUCUGUCUCCUCCCUGGUGGAGGAACAGAGAGCCAGGGCCACCGCUCCCAUUGUAAGCAGCCCCCAGCUUGGAGCAUAAGAGAUCAAAAUCCCAUGCUGAACACCACCGGCACAGUGGCUGUGGUUGCGCUUUUACAAGCCAGCUGAUCCCUGUGCAUUAUGCAGGCAUCCAGACUUGAAGACCUGCGCAUAAAACUGGAUAAAGAAGGCUACUCUAACAUUUCCUACAUUAUUGUUAAUCAUCAAGGAAUUGAGUCUCAGUCAAAAUACCUACAUCUUAAAAAGCAAGUUUCAGACCAAAUAUCUGUUUAUCAACAAGAACAAAACCAUCCAGAUGUGUGGACGCUCUUAAAUGGAAAUAAAGAUGACUUCUUCAUCUAUGACAGGUGUGGUCGUCUUGUAAAACAUCUUUAUCUACCUUACUCCUUCCUGAGUUUCCCAUAUGUAGAAGAAGCUAUUAAGACUGCUUACUGUGAAGAAAAAUGUGGAAAUUGCUCUUUCAAGACUCUUGAAGAUGAAGAUUUCUGUAAAAAUGUAUCUUUGGCUGCUGUGGUAAAAACACCCGAGGCGCCAUGGCCACCACAAGAUCAGAGCAAGCCUCAGAAGCAGGAGAAUCACCAUCUUGCGGGCAGUGAGCUCUCUGAGAAUAAUCAACCAGGGGCACCAGAUCCAGUUCCUUCCUCUUUACAAGGCCGUGGUCACUCUAGGGGCCAACCAGAGCGGGAUAGCUUAGGGAGUUUACAUAUGCUAGCAGGUGAAGAUGUACUGCGUACACUAGGAAGAGUCUGUCGAAAGGGGUGCAAAAGCCAGCUACAGUGUAAGUCAACCAAAGAUUCACAGUUGGCCCCUAGUAGCUGUUGUUGCCAUUGUCGACACCUGAUAUUUGAAAAAGCAGAGUCUUCGGUCACCUGCCAGUGUGCAGAAAGUCUCCCAUCUUUAUGCAGCUGUCAGGGGCUUUUGGGAGAGGAGAAAGUCAUCGAAUCUUGUCAGUGUCGAGGGCUUCCAGUAGCCUGUCAAAUAGUACAGCAGCAGCAUUCCACAGAACCCAACCAUGACUGACGCUGAGAAAAUGUAGCGCAAAACUGAAAAUGACGUUCAAACUAAAUAUUUUAAGAUAAGAUAGACUCCCCAAAAUUGAAUUGGCAGACACAAUUUCAUUUCCAAAAUUUUUAUAAAUGAUCUAAUUAGUAAAUUAAAAAUAGGAAUUGGAUUGAGUAAAAAUAGAGAAAUCUUUCUAAAUUGGCUUCUAAAUUUUGUCAUAAAAUUUUUGACCAAAACCACUUUUUUAUUACUGGGCAACUGCAAAGUGAAUGCACCUUUGGGUUAAUAUGUCUUUCUUGUUCUUUUUCCAGUAUUCUAUUUACAUUAAUGAGAACUGAAACAUAAACUAUGACCUAGGGGUUUCUGUUGGAUAUUUAGCAACUUAGAAUGGAGGAAGAACAAUAAAGACAUAUUUGCCAUUUUUCUUUAUUCAUCUCAAAGCCAUAUUAUCUGUAUCAUUUUAAUCUUACAUUUUAAACUGAUUAAAAAGUGAAUUUUCUUUCUUAACACAUGAAUAUUUUGCUAAAAAGCAUAUUUUAACUGUCCUUUAAUACUGUGUUUUUUCUAUACUUAAGACUUAUAUCUUCAUUUAUACACAAAGGAAGUCUUUGUAUCUUAUUUUCUUUAUUGAUCACUUUGUCAUACUUUUGAAUUUUGAAUGGCUAUAAGGGAAAGGAAAGAAAUGUCUCUCUUUAGACUGCUUAGAAAGUAUUUCCAUAGUCAAUGAUGGUUUAAUAGGUAAAGUAAACCCUAUUAACUUGAACUCCUUACGGAUAAUACCAGUAAGCAAGAAUGUAUAGUACAGGAUGGGCCAAUGGAUACAUCUGGAUCUGUAUAAAAAAAAUUCAAUAAAAAUUUUUAAAGCUG